UCUUUGCCUGAUAUUCAUGGUGUGCUACCAUAGAACCAGUGCAUGCAGGUUUUCCUCUCGUCUUACGUCAGUGUCCUCAGUAUCUUGAUAAAACGGUAAAGAGCUCACAACAUUAGUGUCCCGUUCAACUGAAAAUACGUCAAACCCAUCAGGGUGAUUGACAUGAUUCCAGUGGUGGUGGUCCAUGGAGGGGCAGGUCAUGUCCCAAGGGAGCAGUCAGAAAAGUCCAUGGAGGGGGUAUGCUCAGCAGCCAGGGCAGGGUACACCAUCCUUAGGGGAGGGGGCAGCAGCAUGGACGCUGUGGUAGAGACUGUGACCCAGCUGGAGAAUAACCCCAUCUUCAAUGCAGGGUGUGGAUCAGUGCUCACCAACAAGGGAGAUGUGGAGAUGGAUGCCAUUGUGAUGGAUGGGAAAACACUGGGUAGUGGUGCAGUUUCUGCUGUACGCAACAUAGCCAACCCUAUCCAGCUAGCAAGACUUGUCAUGGACAAGACGAGCCAUGUGUAUCUGACAGCAGAGGGUGCCAAUCAGUUUGCGCGGUCCAUGGGUAUCCCUGAGGUGCCACCUGAGUCCCUCGUCACCGAGUAUUCCCGCAUGCGUUGGAAAAAGAACCUGAGACUAGAUGCCAACCCUGUGGAGUGCCAAAUGGGGAAGAUGGGCACGGUUGGAGCUGUGGCAGUCGAUAGUGAGGGCAACAUAGCCUGCGCGACUUCCACCGGUGGGAUCCUAAACAAGAUGGAGGGACGGGUGGGCGACACUGCCUGCAUAGGGUCUGGAGGCUAUGCUGACAACAAUGUGGGAGCAGUGUCAACUACAGGCCACGGAGAAGCCAUCAUGAAGGUUACUCUAGCCAGACUCAUCCUGUUCCACAUGGAGCAAGGUAAGUCAGUGGAGGCUGCCAGUGAUUUAGCCCUGGACUACAUGAAGUCAAGAGUAGGUGGGCUGGGUGGGGUGGUGACAGUGGACCCUCAGGGCCACUGGGCUGCUCGCUUCAGCAGCCUGCAGAUGAUUUGGGCUGCAGCCCAGAAUGAUACCCUGCACUACGGCCUGUACAGUGGGGAACACUUCACCCAGAGCAUCAAUGACCCACAUUGACAGGAAACACAAGGUUUCAUAUUUUGAAGGAACUGUCUGUAGAACAAAAGUUUGAGUCAUAAACACAAUGCUCUAAAUCAGUCAUAUAGGCCACAGCUUUGGAGCCAAACUGUCUGCCCAACUGAGGAGAAUCUCUGUCUUAAGAUCAUCUUUUGUAACUAACUGCGUACUCACUGUACUUAAAUAUUUACUUAAGUAUUGUACUUCAGAGUUUUUCCAUUUUAUUCUAUAUAAUUUUAUUCUACGACUACUUUUUACCUUACUUCAUUUAUUUGACAUCUUUAGUUACUUUGCAGAGUUAGAUAACUAAUACAAAAAUAUGAAUCACUUAACUAAUUUGUAACAUGUUAUUAAAGGCUAAGCUCCUCAGAAAUAAAGUAAUUAACAUGAGCUCUACCUUCACCGGCUGCAGCAUUAAAGUAAAUGCAUCAAUAAUUAUAUUCCAAUAGAAAAUUGGCCAUUCUAAGUGACAAAUACUUUUAUUUUUAGACUCUUAUUAUAUUUUGAGGCUAAUACCUUUGAUAUUAAUGCACUAAUGUAGCCUACUAAUAAUGUACUAUGAAUGAAGGACUUUUACUUGAACCAGAAUAUUUUACACUGUAGCACUGCUACUUCUACUUGAGAAAAUGAUCAAAGUACAUCUAUAAUCUAGAACUUAAAAUUAUUCUAUAGUUUGUUGAAAUUUCACCAACAGCAUUCGACAGAACCCUCAAACACAGACAAGCAGCGUUAUUGCCCUGUUUUAUUAAAACAUUGCUAAAAAAAAUCUCAGCUCAGUAUUUCUUUACAUCUACAGUAUGGUUCUGCCCAGUCCUGUACCUUAAGGCCAAAACACACCGGCGCCGUACGACGCGCGUCAAAACAGCCGCCCCCAUUAUUUUCUAUUUACAAACCCACACCUGCGGCGGCUCGACGCGCGUCGACAUGCCGUGCCGCGUCACUUCGCUAUUGUCCUAUUUUUCCAGCGUCGCCGCCCUUGAAAAAGCGCUAUUUUGUACUUCCCAGCUCUCGCGGACUGGAGUGUGCAAUAGAAAUCCGGAUGACGCCCCGCAACGCGACGCUUUUUGUGUGUUGGGGGCGGCACUUGACUCGCGUCAGUGACGCCGCCGUCAUAUGACGCCGCCGGUGUGUUUUGGCCUUUAGGUUUUUAAACUUAAAUAUUAUAAUAUAUAAUAUAUAAAUAUUAUAAUAUAUAAUAAAAUAUUUUCAGUCAAAUGUAAUAGAAGUAUUUUUGUUUGUGAAUGUAUGUGUUUCUCAUCUGAUCACACCUCAAUCUUCUGUACUGAAAUACUUGUAAAGGCCAACAGAGCCAGUAGUUGCAAGGUGCUGCUGAUCAGAUGACGAUUGUCAGUGCUGAAGCUUUGUGUUGGGAAAACACUGAUCAUUGACAAUAAACACUUUAAAU